GCGCGGAGUGACAGACGAGCACGCGUGCGUGCGCUCCCGACUCCUGCGCGGCCCCGCGACCCCCGUCGGGCCGCUGAGAGGCGCGCGGCGUCCGCGCCGCAGCCGUCUAGGAUUCCAGCCCAAGGGGCGUCCCCGGGCGUCCCCAGCCCGAAGCUCCGAGCGCCGGGCCGCGCCCGCUCCUGCCCGCGUCCCGUCUCUGCUGCCGUCAGAGACUGUCCCUUAACUCGCCUCUCCACUCCGAGGGCCGGGUCCUCGCGGCCCAUGGUGGCCGCUGGGGACCCACGCAGCCUAGGUCUGUCUCGGGCCGGCCAGCCGGCCACCAUGGUGGCCCUGAGGCCUGUGCAGCUCCUCCAGGGGGGCUAAUAGACCCAGAGCCUAGGGGUGAGAGGGUCCCAGGCCAGACCCCUGCGCCAUGGCUGGAGCCAUCGCUUCCCGCAUGAGCUUCAGCUCGCUCAAGAGGAAGCAGCCCAAGACAUUCACUGUGAGGAUCGUCACCAUGGACGCCGAGAUGGAGUUCAAUUGCGAGAUGAAAUGGAAAGGGAAGGACCUGUUUGAUCUGGUGUGCCGGACACUGGGGCUUCGGGAAACCUGGUUUUUUGGACUGCAGUACACAAUCAAGGACACUGUGGCCUGGCUCAAAAUGGACAAGAAGGUGUUGGAUCAUGAUGUUUCGAAGGAAGAACCGGUUACCUUUCACUUCCUGGCCAAAUUUUAUCCUGAGAAUGCUGAGGAGGAGCUAGUUCAAGAGAUCACGCAACACUUAUUUUUCUUACAGGUGAAGAAACAGAUUUUGGAUGAAAAGAUCUACUGCCCUCCUGAGGCUUCAGUGCUCUUGGCUUCCUAUGCUGUCCAGGCCAAGUAUGGUGACUAUGACCCCUCUGUGCAUAAACGAGGAUUUUUAGCCCAAGAGGAAUUGCUUCCAAAAAGGGUGAUAAAUCUAUAUCAGAUGACUCCGGAAAUGUGGGAGGAGAGAAUUACUGCUUGGUACGCGGAGCACCGGGGCAGAGCCAGGGAUGAAGCUGAAAUGGAGUAUUUGAAGAUAGCGCAGGACCUGGAGAUGUAUGGGGUGAACUACUUUGCAAUCCGGAAUAAAAAGGGCACAGAGUUGCUGCUUGGUGUGGAUGCUCUGGGGCUUCAUAUCUAUGACCCCGAGAACAGGCUGACCCCCAAGAUCUCCUUCCCGUGGAAUGAAAUCCGAAACAUUUCCUACAGCGACAAAGAGUUUACUAUUAAGCCACUGGAUAAGAAAAUUGAUGUCUUCAAAUUUAACUCCUCAAAGCUUCGUGUUAAUAAGCUGAUUCUCCAGCUAUGUAUUGGGAACCACGACCUAUUUAUGAGGAGAAGGAAGGCUGACUCUUUAGAAGUUCAGCAGAUGAAAGCCCAGGCCCGGGAGGAGAAGGCUAGGAAGCAGAUGGAGCGUCAGCGGUUGGCUCGAGAGAAGCAGAUGCGGGAGGAGGCCGAGCGCACGAGGGACGAGCUAGAGAGAAGGCUUCUGCAGAUGAAAGAGGAAGCGACAAUGGCCAACGAAGCUCUGAUGCGGUCUGAGGAAACAGCUGACCUGUUGGCCGAAAAAGCACAGAUCACGGAGGAGGAGGCCAAACUUCUGGCACAAAAGGCUGCAGAAGCUGAACAAGAGAUGCAGCGAAUCAAGGCCACAGCCAUUCGGACAGAGGAGGAGAAGCGCCUGAUGGAGCAGAAGGUGCUGGAGGCUGAAGUGCUGGCACUGAAGAUGGCUGAGGAGUCAGAGAGGAGAGCCAAAGAGGCCGAUCAGUUAAAGCAAGACCUGCAGGAAGCCCGAGAAGCAGAGCGAAGAGCCAAGCAGAAGCUCUUGGAAAUCGCCACCAAGCCUACAUAUCCACCCAUGAACCCAAUCCCAGCGCCACUUCCUCCUGACAUACCGAGCUUCAACACCAUUGGUGACAGCCUGUUGUUUGAUUUCAAGGAUACUGACAUGAAGCGACUUUCCAUGGAGAUAGAGAAAGAAAAAGUGGAGUACAUGGAGAAGAGCAAGCACCUGCAAGAGCAGCUCAAUGAGCUCAAGACGGAAAUCGAGGCCUUGAAACUCAAAGAGAGGGAGACAGCCUUGGAUAUCCUGCACAACGAGAACUCAGACAGGGGUGGCUCCAGUAGCAAGCACAAUACCAUUAAAAAGGUACCCGAGUCUUCUGGCCCAAGGCAGAAGACCUAUCUGCAUUUGAGUCCUCAAAGUAGGUUAUUCCCAGGUAUUCUGUCUGUGGUGAUGGUCCUGCCGUCUGUGAUACUAACCCAUGCAUGAGCUUGCCUGUCUCUGUGUUCGGGCCACAUGGAGCCCUCCUGAGGGCAGGUGAAGCCUGGGGCCUGGCCACAGCAUGCUUUAAGGGUGAGAGCAGGUGUCCACCCUGAGGGGCCCAGAAGGCUGCCUCAUUCUGAAGAGCAUGUCACGGGGCUGCAGGACCCGUUGCUUUGUCUAUCUCGUGUCUCUGUUGGGCUGUGGAAGGUCAUGGCUUCCUGUCCAAUCAGAUCUGUCUCUAAGUCCUUUGUCUUCUUGGUGGUGUAUUCCUUUGAUAGAUAACUCGAGCAUGGAGUGGGGUCAAUUCUGAUGCUUUUAAGACUGGUGUCUCUCGUCCAAGAUCACUCCUACCCUGUGGUGGUGCACUCUUCAGACUUAUCACAGCUGGUGGCUUCUGGGCGUGGGUCACUUGUUCUCAUUUUUCUCUGAAGCUUCCCAUUCUUUGCACACCCCUUUUCUUCCAGCAAACCCAGAGCACUGUGCAUCUUUGAGCCAGUUGCCAUGAGCUGGCUGUCCCAUGGCCACUCUACGGUCACUUUGGUUUCCAUCCCCACCUGCAGCAUGGAGGGAGCAGCACAUGGACAGUCCUAUUGCAGAUACCCAGGAGAUGAGCAAGCAACAUUUGUGUUGAGUCAGUUAAUCAAAGAUGGCAGAUUGUUCUUUCAACAUGCCUGGGCAGUAGAAGGAAUUUGUUUUGCCUAGGACAGGACUAGUGUUAAACUGCCUCUGUUAUCGUAAUCCCCAGUCAUACCCUCACCACUGUGCCUCUGACACUUUCUGACAGGAGUGUAGGCUCUUUCCUUUAACAGCCUCACUGUAGUCAAGUAGAAGAAACUCUGAACCUUGUGCCCAGGAGAUUCAUAUUUGCUCAUUGUCCCAGAAAAAGAGGUAUUGAAGUUCCAGGUAGAUCUUUCAUCAGGUGAAUAGGAGCUUACAAAGUCCCAAGAACCCAUGACCUGAACACAAUUUUGAGUGUCAUUUGAGCCUGACAGUGAAUAGAUUCCUAUUUUUUCAGCUUCAUAUGCCCACUUUGGUGUUGUUAACCUGACACCAUGCAGUGUGUGUUUUGAGCAGGCCAUCAGAGCAGGCGGACAGGUUAACUCUGCCUAAGUGCUGACCCCAUGGCACUAGGGUACAAGUGGAUCUGUGGUGGUUCACGAACUCUGGUUAACACAGGGCAAGCAGAAAACCCUGAUUUGUUUUUACCUAAUGCAUCAGAUGUUCCCUGCAUAUAAUUAACCAGUUUCAUGUGAAUGUGGGUUUAUCUUUUUUGUGAUAUAGCAUAUUUACAUUCUUCAGGGUCUUAGUUUUGCUCAUCAGUUCUCACUGAGUUGUUAUAGAAAAGGAAAUUUCCUUUUUAGUCAACUUUGUAUUAUUUUUAAACAUAUAGCCAUAGUGACAUUUGGCUAAUGACAGACCAAGUACAUAGUGGUGGUUGUAUAAGUUUGAAUUUGACUGCAUUGCAGCCAUUUUAGUCUGUAGCAUGAUUAAUAAAAACCCAGAGACAGAUAUUAGAGUUCAACCUGAGGACCAGAAAAGCUAAACAGCCAGCCACUGGCUCUGACCUCUACCUCAGUCUGAAAUGGCGUUCCUGCCUCCAGGAAUUCUCAGAACAUAUUCUAUGAUUUCCCUUAGUGAUGAGAUCAUCUAAUGGCACAUUUCUCAAGCAUGGCCAAUCAUCACGCAGCAAGUGGCUGUAUAUGGAAACGUUUGUUCAUUCAUUCACAUGAAUGUCUUAAUGUGAAGUUGUUUUCAAAACAGGUUGCUAGGCUCUAUUUAAUUAAGAAUUCUGAUUAACCAGGGACUACUAAAAGCAAGAACUUGGCUUUCAAUAUGAUGUAAGUUCUUUCAGCAAUUCUAAACUAAAUGCUGGUAGGUUUUGCUGUACAGGAAGUCUGAAGAAUGUUUCAUAGGUAUUAGCAAAGGCUCAUGAUUGAUUGGCACCUGCCUGUGUAGAGGUGGCUCACAAGUCAUUCCCACUACUGUCUGAACCAAUGCUAGACUAGCAGAAAAGUGAGCCUUCUGACUUUGGUACUGUGAGUUCCUACAUGUCAAGGGAAGAGCUCUGGGGAUGAGAGAUUGUCUUAGUCGGGGUUUCUUUUGCUGUGAAGAGACACCAUGACUAUGGUAGCUCUUAGGAAGCAUUUAAUUGAAGCUUGCUUUUACUUCAGAAGCAUAAUAGCAUACAGGCAGACAUGGUGCUGGAGAGGUAGAUGAGAGUUCUGCAUCUCAGCAACAAUAGAAAGAGAGAGACACUGGCCUGACUUGAGCAUUUGAAACCCCAAAACCUCAGUGACAUGCUUCCUUUAACAAGGCCAUACCUGCUGAUCCCUGUCAAGCAGUGCCACUCCCUAAUGACCAGGCAUCCAAAUAUAUGAGCCUAUGGGGGGCAUUCCUAUUCAAACCACCAUAGAGCUAUAAAGGCUGAUGGUCUCCUGAGAGCCUGUUAUCCUGUGUCCAAAAUAGCCAGCAGUGACUUUUGUUCUGUUUUCAUGAGUUUUGAUCAUAGGUUUCUUCAAGGAGUAGGUCUCUCACUGUAAUCCAGGUGGUUCUUUCACUAUUCUGCUUCACCAAGGAGCUGUUUUGGACAUGGUCCAUGGAGGUUCCGUGGAGGCUGUGAAAGGCCAAAGCUAACUCAGAGGCUGGGUUUCUCAGUGUAUAAAGUGAGGACAUGACCACUCCAAGGUAUGGUUGAGGAGGUUUUUAUUGUAGAUAUGAGAAAGUGUGGAGCCAGGGCAUCUGGAAGAGUCCAGAGCAGGGAGAGAAGGACUGACCAUGGCCAUGAGAGGAGGUGGGGGAAAGCGAGAAGGGAAGGAAGAGACCAUGAGAGAGGGAGGGGCUGAGAGAGCACAUGGCUGAAAUGUCAGGGUUAUAUAGGAAGCAGGAGCAGGGGAAAGAGAAGCCUAUGAGCUGGAGAAGUUUAGGAUAGGGAGGUGGGGUGAGAAAAGCUGAAAAGGGCCACAGGUACUGAGUGUUCUUGUAGGCCAUCUCGUCUUUUGUAUGCUAAUAGACGCCACAGCUAGCCAUUUGUUCUAAGUUUCUUCUGGACCUGACACUCAGAAUGUCAAGUAGUGGGGCUCUCAUCCUUUCUCAGUAGCUUUUACAUUCUUUUUAAAAUUUUGUAUGUGUAUAAAUAUUUUGCCUGCAUGUAUGUCUGUAUAAUAUGUGCGUGCCUGUGAUGUCCACAGAGGCCAGAAGAUGGCAUCAGAUCCUUUGGAACUGGAGUUACAGAUGGUUGGGAGCUACCAUGUGAGUGCUGGGAAUUGAAUUCUGGAUGAGCAGCCAGUACUCUUAACUACUGAGCCAUCACUCAAAAAAAAAAAAGUUUUUGCUUUUUUAAAAGAUAGAAUUCUUAUCUGUGAAAGAUAAAUGAAGCCCAGUUCAUACUCAUAAACCAACUUCUUAAAAGACUGAGGCAGGAGAAUCAGAAGCUCAAGGACAGUUCAAUAAUGAAGCAAAAUAUUGUCUCAAAGAAAAAGGACAGUGGAAGAACACUUGCUAACAUGUAUGAAGCCCUGUGUUAGAUCCCAGUAGCACAGAGAUCAUAAAAAUAAUCCACCAGGUAUUUCGUCCCAGGCCAAGCAGAACCACACAGUGAGACCCUGCCUCAGAUCAUCACCAUCGUCAUCAUCGUCCUCGCCUUCCCCCAUCCCCAGGGUUGUUCUGAGGUCAAACGAGAAAAGUCACAUGAAGCACUUCCUGCACGGUGAGGGUUUAAAGCAUGAAAAGGAACAUCUGCUUGCGGACUAGCGAUGAUGGAAGAAGGAGCAAUCUUGGGUUGUGCCACCACAUUUAAGUCUACACUGGUGGUGAGCAGUAGGUGUGUUAACUGACAUAUGAUAGAGGUGAAAAACUUCUAAAGCAGCUGGGUGGUGGUGGUGCACGCCUUUAAUCCCAGCACUUGGGAGGCAGAGGCGGCGUUCUCUGUGAGUUCGAGGCCAGCCUGGUUUACAAGAGCUAGUUCCAGGACAGGCUCCAAAGCUACAGAUAAACCCUGUCUCGAAAACAAAAACAAACAAACAAACAAACAAACAAACAAAAAAAAAAAAAAAAAAACUUCUAGAGCCAAAAUUGGUUUUUCUGGCUCCUUUUCCAGUUGUAGCUUUGGGACUACAAGGUUACAGUUUUUUUUCUCCUUUUAAUCUUAUGUCCCUACAUCUUCCACCUUUUUCAACUGAUGAUUAAAGCAACUGGUGUGGCAUUUGCGUCUGAGUCAGCAAGCUGCCCUGGGGAACCAGGAUUUAUUUCACUCUCAGAGAGGCAGAGACACAUGUUCCUGGCAUCUGAGCCCCGAGUUACAGAGGGAACCCAGCAAUCCAGCUGCAUGGGCACACAGACCACCUUUGACCUGAGUGUUUGGGCUUCAGAGCCACAGUGCUGAUAACAGUGGUAACCAGGUAUGGGUUAGCUUAGCCACCGCCCUCUGGAGGUAAAAACAUCUUGGAGCAGGUAUCCUUUGGGGCCAUCCCGUCGUUCUCUCAAGAUUCCUACGUCAGUCUUCUGAUCUGAAAUUGGGCCAAGAGCCAGCAAACAAAUCGUCAUGCCCAUAGCCUCCAGCAGAGCAGAGGGUUUCAAAGGAAGUUGACAGAUGAGGAAUUAUGGGGGUUGUGGAGCUGAAAAAGCUUACUUCAUUUGUAGAUGGUUUAGAUUGUCAGUGUCGAACCACAUUUCCCACUGUGGAAGAGCAGGAAGAGCAGAGCUUUGACGUUUAUCGGAAGCCCAGCUGCCUCUCCUGGAUCAGGAAGACAGAAAAGUCCAAUGUCAUCUUCAAUCUCUGCAGAGUCUCCUUGGAGAUGCAGGGCUUGCGAAAUGAAGUAGAACACUUCAGGCACCUGGAGAAGUGAUAAAUCACAGGGAGAAAUUGAAUAUGCGUGAAAGGCAUCUCCCACAAUUAAAACAAGCAACCAGGGCCUCUCUGGUUCCCUCUAGUAUACAUGGAUAGCCUCAAAGAUUGCUGCUAAGAAGUUUAAUGUACAGUUCAUGUGUCUAGCCUUCACUGUAAGCCUGUGGACUGAGUGACCCUGAUUGCUUCAGAAAUGGGGAUUGUCUGGUAGAACAUCCUCAGUCCUGACAAAAACCAGCAUUCUCAGGCUCCAGAAUCUUCCCUUUAUUUUACAUUCAGGGAAGAAGGGAGGGAGAAGUGGGGUGGCGGCAGCAGUGAGGCUAGAUAUGAGCACAGGAGACCCAGGAGAAACUGCAUUGCCUCAGGAUUCUUCCUCAGCGCCCAGGCUCUGUGGAAGCAUACAGAAGACCUUAAGAGCUGGUCUUGUUUUGUUUUGUUUUGUUUUUAUUUUUUGAGACAGGAUCUCUUUACAUAACCUGGCUGUCCUGGAACUCACUAUGUAGACCAGGCUGGCUUCAAACUCAAAGAGAUCUGCCUGCCUCUACCUCCUGAGUGCAGGGAUUAAAUGUGUACAUCACCAAUCCCAGUUUGAAGGCUGGUUUCAAAAGAGCUCUUCCUGGGGCUGAAGUGAUGGCUCAGCAUUUAGGAGCUCUAACUGCUGUUACAGAGGACCCAGAUUUGGUUCCCAGCACCUCAGGUUCACAACCUAUCUGUAGCUCCAGCUUGAGGAUCUGACAUACUCUUCUAACCCCCUUGAGUACUAGACACAGGCAUACAUACAGACUAAACACUCAUAAAAUAAGAUUUUAAAAGAGUGCUCUUCUUGGUUGUCACCCUGUGGGUUCACUCCUGAAAGCCAUUUCUAACACAGUUGCGGAGAGUCCUGUGGCUGCUGAGGGGUGUUGAUUUCUUGCCUGCUUCUGGUAGGUCCAGAUAGAAGAGUCUACCAGCCUCUCUCUGAGGCUACAGCCUGAUCCUGGUUUUGAUUGGGAAGCUUUACCCUGUAAAGGAGUUUGCUUUGGGAAGUGUUGAGCCUACAAACCCUGCCUUGUGGCCUAGAAUGUUUUAUGACUAUUUGAAAGUGCCUGUGACCAUUAUUGGGCCUUAUUUGAUGCAGUAAAACAUUCCAUUUGGCCCCUUGGCUCUAAGAUAGUUUCCUUUCAGCACAGCGCUCCCAGGGCACCUGAUUUGUUGCUGCAACAGUGGGAGGGAAAAGCUGGGAUGCAAACUCAUUCUGCAGGCUCGGGGUUCUGUUCUUAUGAGCUUUGCCAUGAUUUCUCUUUGGAGAUUGGCAAUUUAAAAGUGAUAUCAGUAUAUCUGGACCUCUUUCCUAAGGCUUUUGCCCAGAGUGCUUGGUAGAGCGCAUUUAGCCUCCACCUGCCCAGUGAGGUGAAUCAGGCCAAUGAGUUCAUUUGUUAGGUGGAAGAACAAAAGGCCCUUCUAGCAUCACAGGACAGAAGAGACACAGGCAGACAUUUCCAGGCACGUUGCUGCUGCUUUAUGUCCCUAGGGAUUAGAAUAGAGCGGAUUCCCCAGGGAUUUCCUGGACAGAUUUCUCUGUAAAGGAAUUGGAUUUGUUUAUUGGGAUGGAUGUGGCCUCUCGUUCUACCUCUGUUUAGGGAUGAGCACGUGGACAGCUCUCUCCGUGCGCACAUCAUGAAGAAGGCAUUUGUGUGCACGCUGUCACAUCAAGACUGCAGAAGAAUUUAGUGUACCUGGCUUAUAGCAGUGCCCCUCCCACUGUGUUAGUACUCCCCAUCUUGACUCCAGUUUAGAAAGGGGAAUGUUUAUCUUACCCAAACGAAGAUCAUGUUGGAUCUGCUGGUGCUGGCUGUGGCUGUCACCUUUCUGCUCGAGUCUGCUUGUUCCCUGUGCAUCCUCAUGCCAGAGAAUCUGCAUGUCCUUUUCUCUCUCCACCCUCCCCCGCUCCUUCAUUUUCAGUAUGUAGUGGUGGAGAGGAAGUGUAGCAUGAUUUUAGGGCUUGCAUUUCAAUUCCGCUGCAUUUUUAUGGGACGAGCUGAGUCUCAGCACUGGGAGUUAUUAGGUUAGUAUCUAAAAUGGGUUUGGCACUGUGGGUCUUAUUAUUUAAAAUGAAUUAGACAGCCCCCUCCCAUCUUCCUCUUCUCCCUGGGGGUAAGUGGAUUGAGGCGAGGCCCCCAGAGACUAGUUUAAGGAAUCCUGGUGCCCUGAUUAGUUUUGUUCUUUCCGCUUAAUUGUAGAGCUUCCUUUCUCCCCACUGAUAACCAGAGUGCCUCUGUCCUGUCUGCCUCUGUACUCCCUUUAGCAUUAGGACAAGAUUGUUACAAUGCAGCCUUGUGAAUCAAUUUUCUUUCUGUUCUGAUGAAAGUGUAAUUCAUUCUUAAUCAAGCAGCCUUGCUGCUGCGGGCUUUAUGCUGGAAUACAUUUAGUUACCCUCCUGUCACUCUGGGACUUUUAGAGGAGAGAUGGGCAGAGUAGAGCUGGCAGUUUGCCUUCUCACAGUGGGUUUCCAGCAGGGGGCAUCCUUGGGGGGUCAAUGUUAGAACCUUGGUAGUUAGACUCCUCCCUCCUAGGCCAUCAACAGGUGUUUCUCAGGAGCAUCUUUUUUUUUUAAGAUUUAUUUAUUAUGUAUACAACAUUCUGCCCCUAUAUAUGUCUGCAGGCCAGAAGAGGGCUGGGAAUUGAACUCAGAACUUCUGAAAGAGCAGUCAGCACUCUUAACCUCUGAGCCAUCUCUCCAGCCCUCUCAGGAGCAUCUUGAUGGAAUCCGUAUCAUACAGUGAGCAGGAGACAGCUAUGUCUGCAGAUCCUUGCAUAGGUUAGAGGAAACCAGCUGGGUAGCAGGUCCUUUUUGAAGGUAGGAAAAACCAGGCUUUUGUUGCUUUUGUUGUUGGUUUUGUUUCAUUUGAAACAGGGUCUCUCUAUGUAGCCAUAGCUGGUCUGGGACUCACUAUGUAAUCCAGGGUGGCCUCAAACUCAGAGGUUCUCCUGCUGCCUCUCUAGUGCUGGUAUUUAAAGGUUAACACGAGCAUGUCCAGCCAGUUUUUUUUUUUCCUUUUUUUUUCUAGGACAGGGUCUAUGUUGUCCAGGCUAGCCUUGACCUUACUAUUUAGGAUGCUCUUGUCUUAGCCUCCUGAAUCCUGGGAGUACAGGAAUGUGCCAGUGUGCCUGUUGUCUUUUGUUUAUUUGUUUGGGUUUGGUUUGGUGAAAUAGGGUCUUGCUGUGUAGUUCUACCUGGCCUGGCUUCAAGCUCCUGCCUCUACCCAUAAGUGCUGGGAUCACAGGUGUGUCCACCAUGCUUGGCACGCCUGUCUUUUUUUCUUUUAACCCCUGAGAUAGGGUUUCUCAGUGUAACAGUUCAGGUUGUUCCAGAACUCGCUUUGUAGACCAGGCUGGCCUUGAACUCACAGAGAGACGCCUGCUUCUGCCGCCCAAGUGCUGGGAUUAAAGGCGUGAGCCACCACCACCCAGCUGCCUUUUUUAAAAAAAAAAAAAAAAGAUUUAAUUUAUUUAGUGUGUGCACAGUGUUCUGCCUGCAUGUGUCCCCGCAGGCCUGAAGAUGACACCAGAUCUCAAUCCAGGUGGUUUUGAGCCACCGUGUGGUUGCUGGAAAUGGAUCUCAGGACUUCUGGAAGAAGCAGUCAAUGCUCUUAACUUCUGAGCCAUCUCUCUAGCCCCGGCACUCCUGUCUUUUUAAGAAGACAGAUAUAUCUUCCAAAUCCAGAUUGUUUAAAGUUGAUGGUUUGUCCAUUUUUGUCACAUAACACAAAGGGGCCUUCCAUAGCCUGGUCAUUGGUGGGUAGGUGCUUCUUCUAGGGCCUGUGUGUGUGUGUCGAGGUGGAAAGGAAGACCAGGGACCCAUAGGAUAAAAACCAAGCCAUGAAGACCUGCUGCAGAGAAAGAAAAGGACAUUGGUCUUUUCAGAUUGGAAUUGGAUUAGUGACAGACUAACGGCCAGUUCCAACAGAAGAGAACUUAAUUCCUCCUGUGUUAUCCACAGGGCUGAUGCCAAUCAGAUGUGAAGACAGCUAAAGAAAGCAGCAGUCAGCCUAGGGCCUGGUGAGGAGGCCACGUGUUCUUUAGUCAACUUCAAGGAGCUGAUUCCUUAUGGUUUCCAGCCUUCCCAGACAGCCAGGUCUGACUGUCCAGAUUCUGUGGUUGACCUUGUCUGGAUCUGCUGUGAGUUUUGAAGGACUUUGCAUAGCAGAAUGGUCACUGGUUAGCACGUGCUCAGCUAGCUUGUUCAUAGAAGGCAGGUCCCAGCAUGGAAUACUGGACCUGGGCAUAUCCAUGUCCUGAGCAUCUCAGCGUUACUACCUGAUGAAAUAGAGAACCCUUGUUGCCCAGACAGUCUCCCAGGUAUCUUAGUGGUAUGAGCAGAAACUGUACUCCACACUUAAGAUGUCUGUCUCCACAGCCAAAGGGUAUGUAUUGAACUCUGGAGCUGGGAUUAUGCACCCCACCUCCACAGCCUAAGACUGCGAAUGAACGUUAUGGCUGGGAUUCUGCUGGUGGCUGGGACUUGGGUGGGUUCAAAUCUCCACUCGGUGUGACUUGGUAUAAGGCUCCUGUGAAAGGAAAUGAGGCUGGAAUCUUUUGUUUUGGUUUUUUGUUUGUUUGUUUUUUUAAGUUAGGGUUUCUCUGUGUAGCCCUGGCUGUUCUGGAUCUAUCUCUGUGAACCAAGCUGGUCUUGAACUCAGAGAUCCUCCUGCCUCUGUGCCACCAUGUCCUGCUGAGGCUGGAACCUUAGUGGAGUUGUCUCCAUGGCACUCUUUGGAUCUUACAAGCAGAGAUGUUGCUGUGCUGUGAUAGAUCCAACCCUAUCACUGAUCAACAAGACAGCCCGAGUGUUGCUGUGGGCUCAUGGACUUUUGGAUGUGAGAGUUUCACAAGAAACCCAGGAAAUUUUUUUUUUUUUUUAGUUUUUCGAGACAGGGUUUCUCUGUUGCUUUGGAGCCUGUCCUGGAACUCGCUCUUGUAGACCAGGCUGGCCUCGAACUCACAGAGAUCCGCCUGCCUCUGCCUCCCGAGUGCUGGGAUUAAAGGUGUGCGCCACCGCCACCACCCGGCUACCAGGAAAUUUUUUGACUGGUAUUAUGAAGGAGGGCUUAAAGCAAUGUUCCACUUCCUCUGAACCUGCAUUUUUUCUUUCAUGAGCAUCUCCUACUUGUAGUGUGGUAACCAACUUUCUAGGAUGAGUCCUACGUAUGUCAGAGAGAGCAGGUAACAAUAGACCCCAUGGGGGUAGCUUGCCCACAGAGUGCCUAACCAGGAGCGCAGUCGACAGAAACAGGUAGCAGUGCUCCAAAACAAGGGCUUUUUGGGCUCUGGAAUGCCUCCUUCAUGGGUUCCUUGAACAUAUAUUAAAGAAGAAGCUCAAGACUUCCCCCCGAAUACCCUUGAACUACUGCCUGCCUCCGCCAUGAGCUCUGCCCUCCGGUCCUGCCGGAAGGAGGGCAUUUGAUGUCCUAAGAUAGAGGGUGCUGCUAAGGGACAAGCUGUCAAGGGUGGCUGCUGGAAGCAUUCCCGCAGUGGGAAGUGAGCACAUGCUAUAAGUUCGUCAGACUUUGGGUUUCCUGAUGGAGUUAGAAGUGCCAGGAACUGUAUGGUAAGGGUAGAAUGUGAGGUAAUGGCAGUCAGGCCUCCCUUCGAAAUGGGCGAUGACCACAGGACGCUCUCAGCUACCCUGCACCGUGAACGUCUCACUGGGGCUCCUGAAAGGCAGCUCGUCCGCAUGCUAUUGCAGUAUUGGCUGCUCUCAGCCUGUGCUUUCCUCCGUCCUAAGGACAGACCCAUUCUGGUAACAGAAUAGAUCGUUUUACCCUGCAGUGCAGCACUGGUGGGGCUCUGGUAGAAGCAGCUUCCCAAAAAGAGAGCUUUGCAUCCUAACAAGUACAUGCUUGAGUACCUAAAAUCGGAUGCUGCCAAAACACUCCCCAAGCACCUUGAGGGGACAGCCAACAUGCUUGGAUAGUGGAUCCAGGAAUUCUUGGAGCCAACAUUGUGGAAACAGGCAAGAGACUUUCAGAGGCCCCCACAGCCUGGGCGUCCUGCCUGGGGAAGUAGCCAGGCCUCUCAGGGCAAUGUCUGUCCUGGCUCAGAGGCUGGCACAGUUAGUUCGUGGUCCUUCUUCUGAAUGCAUCUUAUCUAACCAGGGUUUUGCUCUGAUUUGCUUCCCCUAGAAGGGCUUUGACACCACAGUUAGGUGUCAUACUGAAGAGCUCUCAGUAUGAACCAGGUCGGUGCUGGGUAUUUUCUCUGCCACCUUGAGAAGGGGCUGCAUUGCCCUGUGUCACCAUUGGGUACUUAGGCCAGCAGGUUUGUGACCUGGUCACUGCACAGACAGAUCCUUAAGUCUCACUGUACUUAGAUUUCACUGGAAGUAGUUGUGGGUAUGUCUUGUCCCUGCCUGCGGGCUCCUUAUCCUAAGAAACCUCCUAAGGUUGUCCUAGAAGUGUGGGGACACCUUUUGAUUUAAGGCUUCCCCAGGGGAGAUUUUUGUCCUGUAUCUCUGGCAUCUUCCUCUCCUUUACUGGUCCCCAUCAUCACAGGGCACACGCACUGUCCCCUCUCUUCUGGCACUGUGGAGAAACCAAGCCAAAUGCAGUUCCCGUCUGGAGGGUGUUCUGCCUCAGCAAAGAAAAGCCCUCUCCAUUCCUGGCAGAACUGGGCUUCUAUAGAGCUUCUGGAAUUGGUUCCGCUGAAGAAAACAGCUCAGAUGCCUCCUUGCAUUCAGCUUGUUAGUCGGGAACUUCAAGGCCAAAAGAUUUGGCAGGAUUUAGAGAGUCGGCUCUCAAGCUGGCUCAUUCUGAGCACACUGAUGCUGCCUGUCUUUUGAUGCUGAGGUGGGCUCAGUCUCCCUCUCCUGCCCUUUGUAGAGCUUUGGUGAGUACUGCAGAUUCUUCAGACUCAGAGACUACCCAAGGCCCAGGGAAGGACCAGACCAGGUAGCCUGCCCGUGGCUUACCUCCAGAGGAGUGAGGUUCAGAGAUGUCAGGGGUGUUUACUGAGGCCACACAGUGAGCUGGAAUGGAAACAACCUCGUGUCUCCCAUUUAGUUACAAUUGUGGCCCAUAUCCCAUUCCAUCCGCUCAAUAACUAGUCUAUUCUCUCGUUCAGAGCCGAGCUCUAAGGUAAAUGUUUUGGGGGUGAAGGUGGACAGUACACAGUUACUGCCACAUUCCUUUCUGGGAAGCCCUGGGCUGCAUCAGGAACAUAUAAUCUUGCCCCCAGGGCUCUAUUUCAGAAAUAGUUUGAAAUAGCUGCCUAUGCCACAUGCGUCUGUCAGAGAGGCUGGGAGGCAGCCUCAGAGUCAGGGAGGGAGAGGGAGGUGUAUCUGUCUCUGCUCCCCUUCUCCAUUUUCUUGGGUGGUAUCCUCCUGGGAGACACUGGGGUAACCGGUCUUGUGGAGAACGAUGAUCUGUUGCCUCUUGGCUUCCAGGCCAUGGGCAGGCCUGCUUUGAAGUUGCCCUGAUCUAGAGCAGAGAGAACACUCUCCAUCUGACACAGGCCUUCCUUGCCUGACGCCAUGCGCCUUGCCUAGGUGUAAGACUUGUAGUGCCAGCCUGGGCCUCAGCCCAGAGAAGCUGGUGCACUCCAGAUAGCGCAGGACGAGAGUCGGUGUUUCGGAGCCAGAAGAAACAUGAGAAUCACAAAUGGACUCCCUCCUCUGGGAGGAGGUUGUGUGACAGACGUACCUGCUGCGGUGCGGUGCGGUGUGUCUGCCCACCAGCCAUCCUUUCUGGCGUGUCAUUUACAUUUGAAUCCUGGGGUCAAUCUGGACCCUUAUCCGGGCUUGACCACCAGUAUCUUGAACAUCUAUUUGGACAUGCUUCUCUGUUGCCCUGCAGCAAGAUGGGCUAGGCUGUGAAUCCCAGAGCCCCUCUCAGCUUCUCUCUUCUU